CAUGAAACCAUUCUUAACUCAUUCUGGCCAUUUGAAGUGCAGUGAUUUUCAUUUCUUGUCCCCAGAAACCUUCCUGAUGUCACAGCAGAUGAUUUUUCCAAAGUUGACCUCCGUCAAUACAAAUGGAUCCACUGGGAGGGGAGAAAUGCUGAUGAACAGGUGAAAAUGAUUGAGAGGGUCAUGAUGCACAACAGCAAGUUACCACCGCAACAGCAGAUCACGAUUUCUGUAGAAAUAGAGAAGACCAGAGAACCGCUGUAUCAGCUGUUUCCACUUGCUGAUGUGGUGUUCAUCAGUAAAGAUGUUGCUCGUCACUUUGGCUUCCACUCAGCUGAAGCGGCGCUGAGGGGGCUCUACAGUCGAGUCAAACCAGGGGCCGUCCUCCUCUGUGCCUGGGCAGAAAAAGGAGCUGAAGCUUUGGGUCCUGAUGGGAUGCUCAUUCAUUCUGAUGCAUUUCCUCCUGAAGCUCUGGUGGACACUUUAGGAGCUGGAGACACUUUCAAUGCUGCUGUCAUCUACAAACUGUCCAGAGGGGAACAUUUGAAGGAUGCUGUGACCUUCGGAUGUCGGGUGGCUGGCAGGAAGUGUGGUUUCCAUGGUUACGAAGGCCUUCGUGCUCAGUUCAGCGACGAGUGACAAGUUGU